UGACAAAUAUUUGCAUUGGGUGUUGGGUUCGUUUUGCUUGUUGUAGUUUAGAAAGAUGAUUAUUAAAAUCAUUUGAAGCAGAGACUAGAGGAGAGUCCCAUUCGCAAAAAUUCUUUUGAUACCUCUUGCUUCCUUCUUUCCUUCCUUUCCUUUCCUUCCUUUCUGCCAGGUGCCAACUGCCAAACCAACGCAAUUCACAGCAAUUCAAUAAUCUCUCUCUCUCUCUCUGAAUUUUUUACAAUCAAUCAAUCGGCAACAUCAUCAACGUCUGUAAUUCAACGAACACACCCUUUCUAAUUUCUUCUUUCAUUCUUUGCACCAGUUUUUUUUCAUGUGUUGCAGCAGUUAAAGCUCAUGUAAAUGGCGGAACUCAAAGAACGCCUGCUCCCUCCAAAACCUCAGUCAGCUAUAAACCUUAGAGAUGCAGCUUAUCGAUCUUCAGCCCCUGGCCGGCAACCUUUCCAAGGUAUGGAUGUUUUGGGCCUGAAAAAGCGGGGCCAAGGCCUUCGAUCUUGGAUUCGUGUUGAUGCAUCCGGGAAUUCACAAGUCAUUGAGGUUGACAAAUUCACUAUGAUGCGGCGUUGUGACCUUCCUGCCCGUGAUCUACGCCUGCUUGAUCCCCUAUUUGUUUAUCCCUCAACGAUUCUUGGUAGAGAGAAGGCUAUUGUUAUAAAUUUGGAGCAGAUUCGAUGUAUUAUCACUGCCGAUGAGGUUUUGCUAUUGAAUUCCCUAGAUAGUUAUGUGUUGCAAUAUGUGGUGGAGCUACAACGGCGAUUGACAACAAGUGGUGUGGGUGAGGUCUGGCAGUCAGAUGCUGCUGACUUGAGUCUACGGAGGGGAAUUAGAAGCUUUGACAAUGUGUUUGGGAGCACAUCACCAGACUAUUUGCCUUUUGAGUUUAGGGCGCUGGAAGUUGCUCUGGAGGCUGCUUGUACGUUUCUUGAUUCUCAGGCAGCAGAAUUAGAAAUUGAAGCAUAUCCACUAUUAGAUGAACUUACAUCAAAGAUCAGUACACUAAAUUUGGAACGUGCGCGUCGAUUGAAAAGCAGGCUUGUUGCAUUGACUCGGAGAGUUCAGAAGGUUAGGGAUGAAAUAGAGCAGCUCAUGGAUGAUGAUGGAGAUAUGGCUGAAAUGUAUCUUACUGAGAAGAAAAAGAGGAUGGAGACAUCAUUCUAUGGUGAUCAGUCUGUGAUGGGAUACAGAUCAACCGAUGGUGCAUCUAUUUCUGCUCCUGUUUCUCCUGUUUCUUCACCCCCUGAAGCCCGGAAGCUUGAGAAAAGCUUGAGCAUUGCAAGGAGCCGACAUGAGAGCAUGAGGAGUUCAGAAAGUGGGACGGAAAGUAUAGAGGAGCUUGAGAUGUUGUUGGAAGCAUAUUUUGUUGUCAUUGAUAGCACCCUGAACAAGUUGACAUCGUUGAAGGAGUACAUUGAUGACACAGAAGAUUUCAUCAACAUUCAGCUGGAUAAUGUUCGGAACCAACUGAUUCAAUUUGAGCUGCUACUCACAACUGCAACAUUUGUUGUUGCAAUCUUUGGUGUGGUAGCGGGGAUAUUCGGUAUGAAUUUUUCAAUACCAUUAUUUGAUGACCCUGGUGCAUUUAAAUGGGUCCUUUUAAUUACUGGAGUUACUGGGGCCAUCAUUUUUUCUGCAUUUGUGUGGUUCUUCAAGUACAGAAGGCUCAUGCCACUAUAAAUUUAUAUGGAAAUGACAAUCGAGAAAGAGGAAAAUUGCUUUUAUCGUUUUUAAUCCUGUAUUCUAGAUGAAAUUGACGUAGAUAAAUGAAAAGCUGGCUCUAUUUAAGAGCGAUUCUUUUUA